GCCCUCCACUCAAGCUCUCGACACUGACUCUCAGAGAAUGAUAGAAGCCGAUUUCCAACGGAAAGUCUGACUAUGUGGCUUAUAUUUAGCGAUUUUUUGAGCAUCCUUUGAACUGUCUUGGUUAAACGAGCUGACAGUCGGAAUCAAAGAUAGCAGAGAUUCCUGUUACCGAGACACUGGAUAUCUCUGGUCUUGAUGUUCACACUAUGAUCGUCUCAACUCACAUGUGAUUUCACAGGUGUUGUAAACUUGGCAGAUUGAGAGAAUAAGAGGCUGAUUAAGCGACGAGAGACGGCACAAUGCCGAUUCCUACCGGGAGACAGAACCCAUAUGCACUGGAGCCAGCAUACGGGCACCAUGGUGCACACCACCCACAAGCAAUGAACGGUCACGGAGACAGAGGUCAGAUACCCAAUGGCUACCCUACUGGUCCUGGGCGCCAGAAUGGCAUUUCACAAGAGGGGCCUUCCAGGGGAUCAAAUAAUAACAAUCACAAAAGUCAUUACGGGGUGUACGGAGACCCCAGGCAUACAGCAGAGAUGAGCAGAGACCCAAGGCAUACAGCAGAGCAGAUGGGCAGAGACCCAAGGAGGCCUGCCUCGUACCCCAACGGUCACCCUCCACCAGAGCAUGAUCCCUCCAGGAGGCCCGUGUCCUACCAGCAGCAGCCACACCCCGAACCCCAGCCCCACCCUCAUGGGCACCACCACCACCAGCCACACCCCCAGCAGCAGCCACACCCCCAGCAACAGGCCCACCCACACCCACAGCAGCAGGCCCAUCAACCCUCCCAUCAUCAGCCACAGCCGCAGCAGAGAGCCAACCGGUUCCCUGUCGAGCAUCUCUACACAUUCGCCAUGGAUAAGAAAGAGGGCGUGGUUUCAGUGGAAGACGGUAUCCGCAAGCUGAGAUUACUGGAUGCUAAGGGCAAGAUCUGGUCCCAAGAUGUCAGACUGAUGGUCACUGAUAAAGAAGUGGUACUCAUGGAUGAAUAUACUCAGGAAACGUUAGAGGUGUUCCCAUUGCAGGACAUUGGAGCAAUCUCGGCCGAGCUGAAGCAGUGCAACUACGACAGUCUACUGGUCAUCAAUGUGAGAUAUAGCAACAAGCGAAUCCCAGAGAUGAUGAUGUUCCAGUGCGAACAGAUCCCGGCCCCAGAGAUUGCCAGGUCACUCCAGAGGGCGGUAGAUUACUUUUCAUCAGGCAAGAAAAAGAAGCAACACAGGUCUGAAAACUAUGGUAUGGUGGCAGGAGCUCAGGCCCACCCCCAGUCAGAUGACAGGAGAAUGCGCUACGACGGAGACACCAUGUACAUCCCACCCCCUCCCGAUGAACCUGCCCCGCCCCCACCCAUCGAUGGCAACGUCAAGAACAAGGUUGCUGCCUUUGCCGCAGCAGCUGCAGCCGCUCAAGGUUACAUUCGUGCAAAUUAUUCAGCUACCAUUUCCAAUGGGAAUGGUAUCUCACCACGGGGGUUCCAGUCUCCUAAAUCAGCCCCAGUGAGGUCCUCAGAGUCGGAGGAACCCAUUGAGUUGCUUGCUCAGAGGACAGAGAGGGACGUGGAGAUACUCAACCACUGUUUUGACGACAUCGAGGCAUUCAUCGGCAGACUCCAGAAAGCUGCCGAGGCGUACACGGAGCUGAGCCGGAGACGACAGACCAGGAAGAACCGCAGGAGGGAACACGGCGACGGCCUUCUCCUGGCCAGGUCCAGACCACCCACGGAUGGAGAAUACAUCGAGUGCUUCCAGAAAUUCAAAUAUUGUUUUAAUCUACUGGCCAAGUUGAAGGCCCACAUCCACGACCCCAACGCUCCCGAGCUGGUCCACUUCCUGUUGGUCCCCCUCAAGCUCAUCAUCCAGAGCUGUCAAGGUCCAGAGCUGGCUGCCAGCGUGGUCUCUCCCCUCCUCAGCCCCCAGGCCGUGGAUCUCCUGCAGAACUGCCUCACGUCCAGGCAGCACGAGCUCUGGAUGUCGCUGGGCAGGGCUUGGACUUUACCCUCAACUGAGUGGCCCAAGGACCGUCCCGUAUCUCGUUACGUCCCUCGAUUCCGCGAUGGCUGGAUCCCAAGGCCAAUUCUAGAACCUCAGACCGCUCCAGACUUCAACACCUCAGUGUUGGUCAAUAACGCAUCGGUAGCGGCCAGCGCUGCAGCGGUGGCUCGGGAGUCACCUAGAAGACUAUCGGACAGGAGCGAUCAGCCUGAUGGCCCCAUUUUCGGUCACAACCACCAGAGACAACCUUCAAACGACAGUGGUGGCCAUAUCGCCAACGGACCGAUCAUCCACACCAACGUGCCUAAUGGUCACUCAAAUGGGCCUAAUGGUCACUCGAAUGGGCCCAAUGGUCACUCCAACGGUCCCAUCGGUCAUUCGCAUGGACCGCCCACUCACACGAAUGGAAACGGUUAUCACCAGAGACAGUCAUCAGACUCCUUGGGGCACAGUCCAAGGGGUUCCGCCAUGCCUACUCCACCCCCUCCUGCCCCUAAGCCUGUAUCCAGUCCUGCACCCCCGGUGUCCAACCCCGUACCUACUAGACCCGGUGCUAAGACGGCAACGGCCAUCUUUGAUUUUGUAGCCCGCAACUUUAAGGAGCUUACCAUCAUGGCUGAUGAACAGCUUGAGGUUCUGAAUGACACGCGUAAAUGGUGGGAGGUCAAGAAUACCUCGGGCCAGUCCGGUUAUGUGCCUUCCACCCUGCUCAAGCUGACUAGCUCCCCCUCCCCCAACACAAACACCAACUCAAACCACGUCCCAGAGCCCCCUCACAGCCUACCGCCCCCUCCCCCACCCAUGUCAACGUUCAAUGCCCCUCCCCCUCCUCCACCCCCUCCCCCAUCAAAUGGAACAGGACGGUCAAAUUCAACUCAGAGAGCUAACGGUAUGGACUUUGCUACCCAGCUCCAGAACACAUUGAAGAACAAACAAUUCAAGCAACCUAAUGUACAGGAGAGAGCACCAACAUCCAGUAGUCAGUACGACACCCUUCAAGAGGAGCUGAAGAAUCGUGUGAGCAAUGGAGGCAAGUCCAAGAACUACCGAGUCCCCAAACGAAGUAUUAGCGAUGUGACACUGACGUACGACUCGAGUAGGGACGAUGUGAAGAGGUGGCUUGAAUCCAAGGGCUUCAGUCCCAUGACUGUUCACAGUCUUGGAAUCUUGAAUGGUGCCCAGCUGUUCAGUCUUACCAAGGAGGAGCUACAGCAAGUCUGCCAUGACGAUGGAUCCAGAGUCUACUCUCAGCUCAUGAUCCAGAAAGCUGCCCUUCAGGAGCAGCAAAACGGGAAGUCUGAGCUUGACGCCAUUAUGAUGCAGCGCAAGUCUCGGGUGAUCGACGACGCCCUCCCCCCGCCCGAUUUCAUCCCGGUCCACCCCCCGGUGUUUGAUUCGCCGACAGAGGGGCCCCCAGACGUCCCAUGGUGAAGUAACUUGGAACAUGUCUCGCCGCUUCUAGAACCUUCUAGCUAACAUGCUUAUCUGCUCAUCUUGGGUUCAUAAGGCAGUUAAAAUCAGCUUAAUCCACCAUAUUGCUUGGGGUUUUCAUGCAAUAGCUUUAUCCUCCACUUAACCCAUUCCCUACUGGAACCAGGUGGCAAUGUAUUAAUCAUAUGGCAAUGUAUUAAUCAUAUGGCAAUGAAUGAAUUCAGUAAUCAAUGGGUUAAAUGUGUAUAAUGUGAAAAUAAACUGCUUAUUCAUUUUCAUGGAUUGACAGAGGGAUUAAAGAAAGUUGCAUGUGCCUGAAGUACAGCAUUGUCUGAAUUUAUCCAUGCUUUUCCAUGUGCUUUAAUGUCCAAUGCUUUUGCUCUGUUUUCAUUUUGCUCUGCUCAUAAUGCUUACAAGUAAUGAAUCAGCAGCAUUCAUAAUGCUUAUGCUCACUAAGCUUAUGCUUAUUUGCUCUGUACGGCUUCUCCAAUUUCAUCUGAGUUGAUCUGUAUGAGAGGAAUUCCCUGACCAAUUCCUUAAUUGGUGAUAUCACAAAAGUAAGAAAGGUCAUCAUUCAUGCAAUUGCUCCAAUGAUGUAAACCUGGGCACACAAUAAUGUGAUUUGGUGUUAGCCACUCCAGCUGUUGUGUAUUAAAUUUCCAUCUACUACGAGUUCAAAUUUAAGACUGCCACAUUGUUUUUGACUAUGUUAUAUAUACACAUUGCAUUUUGUGCAUAGUCAUACUCAUGCAGAUAUCAAAUUGGGAGCACAGUCGGCCAAAUAAUAUGCACACCAGGAGUUACACUAUUUCAUUUUACCAAACAUUUAAUGAAGAAAAGUUAAGAGCAGUGUUUUAAAAAAGCAAACAUUUUUAGCAGGAUGUUCAUAUCAUUCCUUUUAUUAAGCUGUAGAUAAUACAAAUGUUUUAUAUUUACCAGUAUAAGACCACACUUUUCAAGAGUACAUGCAUACCUUGAAAACACAUUGAUAAUAUCUUGAAGAUUGAAGCCUUCUUAAAGUAAAAAAGGGACAAGUCUAACAUGUGUCAAUAUAAUAGCCAUAAAGACAAAUACAAACUUCAUGUGCUAUGUUAUUUGUACAAGUGUAAGUGGUUACUGUAGUGCUGAAGAGAAUAAUGUAGUCCCAUUGUAUUCAUUCCAAUGUUAGUGAUUAUUGCAGUACUCAUAUCUGUACUAAAUUUGUAUUCCACUAUGUUGUGGAUAAGUUUUCACAUACAGAAGAUAUAUAUUGCAACAGUAGCACUUAUUUUUUCUGCUGUUCAUGUCAGCAAAUGAAUUGUAUUCAAGAUUAAUUUGUAUAUUUUGUUAAUGACAAUAUAAUACUAAUACUACUUUGACACUUGUAUAUUAUAUUUUUUACCAAUAGAAAAUCUAAAAUAUUGUAAAUUUGGAAUGUGUUGUAAACAGUUAUUAAACAGAAUAUAAAUUUGUGAUAUGAUCUUUACAAAUCGGUGCAUUUUUAAAACAAGAGAGGAAAAAUAUAUCAUUUUUAAGACUAUGAAGCGUUUAUGCUGAGCUGGAAAAUAAAAAUUCAGUUGAUAUUCUGAAUAAAUCUACCUUUGUACAUAUGAUUGAAAGUAGAGAUGUAAAUAGUCUGUUAUACAAUUUCAUUUAUGUUCCGAGGAAAAAACAUAUAUUCCCAAACAUUCUUACAAAUAUAUAUAUGCAUAUGCUCCCUCUAUAUAUACCAGUAUUCUGUGUGUUUUGUACAAUUGGGUUGUAUACAGAGGUUCAAUGCAAAUAAACCAUGUAAUUCAUACCUAUAUUUAUCAAUUAUAUAUUAAUUUGUGUAUUUAUAUUAGUCUAUGUAAAACAUUACAUUAGUGCCUAUUACAGAAUGUUAUGUACAUUUUUAUCA